AUAUCAGAUAGUACAUUUCAAAAACUCUCACUAUAUAAAUGCCAUUUUGAUCUGAAAGAAAAAUCCUAGGGCAAGAAGACCUCAUUAUCUAAUUCAUAAUCCAUGACAAAAUUCAUCAAUUCAAACAUGAUGAUACCAUUAAUUGUUUCUGAUGUUGCCAAAAUUCAAAAACCCAUGUAUCAAGUUUUACUUCUUUACUCAAAUCUUGCAUCAAAAUCAUCUUCUACUUCACUUUCUUCAUCUGGGUCAAUUCAAGAAUUCGAUAAUUUCAACAUUCUCAAACACAAAGACUGGUUAAGCCCAACUGAGCUUGUCAAGAUAUUCCAAAACCUAAAAGAUCCAAACUUGUCUCUAAAUCUUUUGAAUCAAGUCUCGAAACGCAAAGAUUACAAGCCCAAUCAACUUUUCUACACUACUGUGAUCAAUAAUCUUGCUGCAGCUAAAAAUUUUGAUGGGGUUGAAGAAGUUAUGAAGAGGAUUAAAGUUGAAAAAAGGUGCAGACUUGAUGAUGAUUUUUUCUAUAAUGUUAUUAAAAUUUAUGGGCAUUUUGCUGGUAGAAUAAAUAGAGCUGUUGAGACUCUUUUUGCUAUGCCUCAAUAUAGUUGUUGGCCUACUGUGAAAACUUUUAAUUUUGUAUUGAACUUGCUUGUUACGUCGAAGCAGUUUGAUAUUGUACAUGAGGUUUAUAUGGGUGCUUCAAAUUUGGGUGUUGAGGUUGAUGCUUGUUGUUUAAAUAUAAUUAUUAAGGGGUUGUGUGAGUGUGGUGAUGUUGAGGCUGCGCUUAAGGUGCUUGAGGAAUUUCCCAAGCAGAAUUGUGUUCCAAAUGUGAGGACUUUUUCGACAUUAAUGCAUGGAUUGUGCAGGCAUGGGAAGGUUGAGGAGGCGUUAAGGUUGUUUGAGAGGAUGGAAAAUGAGGGUGUUGAAGCUGACGCUAUCACGUUUAAUAUUUUGAUUGUUGGACUUCGGAAACAUGGGAGAGCAGAAGAGGGGAUUAAGCUUUUUGAUAGGAUGAUGCUUAAAGGUUGUGCACCUAAUCCAGGAACCUAUCAGGAGGUCUUGUAUGGUUUGCUUGAUAUGGAAAAAUUUGUAGAGGCAAAGGAGUUCAUGAGUAGUCGAAUGUUUCAAAAGGGUGUUAAGCCGAGUUUUGAGUCGUAUAAAUUGUUAUUACAAGGUAUUUGUGAUCAAAACCUUGUGGAGGAUGCACACUGGGUUCUCAAGAAACUGGUGCACCAAGGAUUUUUGCCAAAAAUGAAGAUGUGGAAGCAGCUUAUCCAAUGUGUAGUGUCAGGAAGUAAGAAUAUCGAAUGUAUCUCAUAUGAAAAUAUAACUGAGAAAUAGUCAACAGAAAGGAAUACAUUGUACCCUAGUCCCUGGAUGAUGCAAGCUGUGCCAACAUGUUCACGGCUGUAAACAACAAACUAAAUUGCUACCUAGUUGCAUCAAAUUGCAUUCUGCUUCUUAAAACCAUAAACAAAUAAACCUCACUUCUGCUUUUGAUGAUAAAGCUGUUCACAAGAAUGAUUGUCGUCAUUUGACCUCCAAAUAUCAGGCUAGGGGGUUCUGAUAGAAUGAUCAGAUUCUGCACGGCUGUUCCUCCCCAUUGUCUUUAUUGCAGUUCUACAUCAGAAUUAAUUCUACAUCUGUUCUUUGAGUGUACUUUCAUUUCUCUGAACUUGUCAUGUUGAGAUCACAAUUGGAAUUGGAUGUUAGAUGAUCAGUUCUUUCUAAACCUGCAUUGCCAAAACACACGACAAGUCAAAGCUCCCUGGCAGCUAGUUGUUGAUAUUCUGAAGAUGGUUCUGGUCUUCUGGACUUCUGGUUAAGUUCUUUAAAUCUUAAUGUUGUACUAGUUUUGUUUUGUUCGUCUCCUUUGUGGUUUAGUUCUUUAAAUUUUAAUGUUCUAGUUGGGAUUGUGCACUCUUAUUGCUUUCCUAGGGUAUGCCCUAGCAUUGAUGUAUUUUUAUGUUAGGUUGAUAGAAUUAUCACUUGGCAAACUCCAGUGUAAAUGUAUUAUUCGGCAGUGACUAUGUUGCUGUCAGGAUCUUGAAGCUCAAAUUUCAUGAUCGAGCCAACAUCUUUCCCUUCUGUGUCUGAUGCCUGUUUCUCGUCUCAUCUGAACCUUCAACACUAAUGUAGUGUAACACUGUUGUGGCUGCAGGGUUAUCCAAACUUUUCUGAGCCGAAUGUACUCUUUACUUGAUAAAAUCACUCCCAAGUGCCAAAGCCAGAUGCAAAGCUGGGAACAUAGAGCUUGCCUGAAUUGGUUACCAAUGUGACGCUUUAAACUCGUCAAACACAGCCAUGUCAAUGCCAGGAGUCUCUAAGCCUAAUUCACCUUAUGAUCUGUCCAACUCUUUUCGUGAGAGUGCACACUUCAAGCUGCAAGUAAAAUUUCCCCAGUAUGCUUCCACAGUAUGCCUGCUUUCUGGUUUAUUUCACUCCAUGUUUCUCUUCGAUUCCACAUUUCCACUCACACUGAAAUAAAUUGGCUCGGACAUGAGUUGAAGAAUGACUUGGUACUGGCUUUGUUUUUGUUCAUCACCAGACACGGAUCCAAGGGGGGAUAUGGGGUGCCCCCCCAAACCUUCCCCAAGCCCUUAUAUAUAAUCAAUUUAUAUGUAUUGACACGGAUCCAAGGGGGGAUAUGGGGUGCCCCCCCA